AGUCAGAAUUGUUUGUGCAUAUUCAGGUAAAACGGCCUUGACUUAAAUACAAGAUGAAUUAUUCCUUCAUUAAAUAUCAGGGAGAAAAAUUGUGUCAAGAUGGACUACAAAUAUACUUUAUUUUUUUUCGUGGUGAUGUAAGGGCUGGUCAUUUCACAUCACAUACUGGCAAAAUGUCAUUUAUAGCCUAUUAUAGCGCGUUAACAGGAAUGAAUAUGUUAUAUAUCUUGUCUGAAUAAACAUUAAGGCGCAAAUUCAGCCAUAUUCAUGUCACAUCCCGAAAACUGUUCUAGCUGGCUGAGAGCCUUAAGAAAUAAUUAAUCGUAUUGACACAGAUCCUUAAUGCAUGGACUAACUGAUUAUCAGGUUAUAUUUAAAACAAACGUCGAAAGAAUGCGAUAAAUUUCUGUGACGUUUUGAAUAAUUUCAAGACGUUAGGCCCCUUAGAUGGCCUACAAACGCACAUGGAUUUACGCCGGUUUCAUGAGUGAUCAAGUUUUAAUUCGUAAGCCCUCACAUGUACGCGUUGCAUGCCUAUUUUUGCCCGUUUCACAAAAACAACAAGCGGCGUUCAUACAACGUACAGAUUAAUGGUGUAGCUCGGGGAUAGCGAUAGUGUUAUCCGAGGGAUACCACGUACUUAAACAAUGUUGAUACCUGUAAUAAAGUCAACAAAUACAAAACAGGAGAUCUGUUGUAUUAAGCACUGAAGUUCGGUGUUUAAACUUCACGACAGCGACAUUUUGGUGGCCGGAGCUUAGCUUGUUUUUCCUCGACUGUUAUUUCCCUUACUAUCAUUUAAUUAAAACGUUGUUUACCAUGGCAUUGCCCCAAUACUUCGCAGAUACGUCGGUAGAGUUAGUUUUGUAUGCUGAUGAAAUUUAUUUACUAAAUGAAAGAAAUGAAACAUGUUUCGUGUUGAUGGUUCGGCGGCGUUAUUGCUUGUUUAACAACAAACUCUCUUUCAAUGUCCAAAGUUUGUUUCUAAAAACCAGAAGGCGCAGUUUUGAAUGAAUUUUACAAGGUGAUAACACCUGUUGUGAACGCUUAUUUGACGGCAAAAGGCGGGAAAAUUGUUCUUUAAUUCGCGCCAAUGACAACGUGAUUAAUAUUAUAUGUCGACAUAUACAAGUGCUGGUUUAGUUACGUCAGCUUAAAUAUCCUCUUGCAACCGUUUAAUGAAAACUGAAGAGCCAAAUUUUAGCAGUUUUAAACAUUUUUUGUUAGUUACAAGUUAUAUUCUUGCGUUAUUUCUGGGGUUUUGAUGUGAAGUAGCUUUAUUUCGUCGAAGUGCCCCGCGGCUAGUAUGUUUAUCGAUGUAUUUCUUUUACACUAAAAGAUAAUUGGCCGAACUAAAAUUGUCGACAUUUGAAUAAAAUUAGCCAUUCCCCCGUCAGCUUUAGCAGACCAUCACUCUUUGAACUCUUACAUCAGAAUGAAUUGCUUUUAUUCUGUGAGCUAGCGAGCGCGUGCAUUUAGUCGCCCAAAGUUUCAAUUAUUUAUAUCUUUUCUAAACUGCGGAAUUCUGAGUUGAAAUUAACGGUAAAUGCUACCCACAGCUCACAGCUGAGGUUGUCAUUCAUGCAAAUGAGGGAAGAAAAUAGGUUUGAACUGCUCUUCCCUGCGGCGGACAAAGACUUUGUUAAUUGGUCUUUUCAAUAACGAAUUCGGCCUAAACACGCAUAUUCGCUAUCUGUUUACAUCAGGUCCGCAUUAGAUUGCUACCAGUCCAGAUCCAGCGCUUUGGACACUGAUGAUUAAGGACACAGCGGACCAGGGCAGUUCGGUUUGGUCACUGGACAGCCAGCCGCAUCGACCCCGCAAAAGAAUAUUGUUAAAAGUCGGAGGCAGAUUGUUUGAGACUUGGGAGGACAACCUCGCCAACCAUCCUGACACACUUCUUGGUAGCCCGGAAAAAGAAUUGUUCUAUGACCCGCGGACCAAGACAUAUGUGUUUGACAGAGACCCUGAAAUGUUCAGGAACAUUUUAAACUACUACAGGCUCGGCAGGCUACACUAUUCCAGUGAGUAUUGCGCUGACGAGUUUCGCGAUGAACUUUCUUUCUUUCGCAUCUCCAUAAACGCGGUGGCCAAUUGCUGCUGGGACGAUUACAGACAACCCAGGAAAAUACGCAUCGACAAAGUCUUCAAGUUGGAAGAUCCGCAUGAGAAGCUAGAAGUCGAGAGGGGAUUGCGACUGAGGAAACAAAUCUGGAACAUUUUCGAGAAUCCACACGAAUCUCGUCUGGGAGCUGCGUGGUAUUACUUCUCAGGACUUAUGAUCGCUUUGAGUAUUGCUUGCACAGUAGCCGAAACAAUGCCGCCUCCUUGUGACGACAAAUAUCUGUGCGCGAAUCACACUUGUGGUAGAGACGACUGGAACGUUACGUCCAUUAGACACGGAAAUGGUCAUUCGUGUAAAAGCCUCAAUGAUUACAUGGACGAAAGAGAAUUUUUAUAUUUUGUCCUGGAGAGCAUAUGCGUUGCGGUGUUCACCUUUGAAUAUAUUAUACGACUUAUUACCGCACCUAAACGCUGGCUAUACGUCAGGGAAUUCAUGAGUGUGAUCGAUCUCCUGUCCAUAUUACCAUAUUACGUUGGGUUAAUAUUGAACUACGCCUUGAAAACUUCAGUGGACAGCCUCAGCGCAUUGGUCUUGUUGAGAGUGUUGCGAGUUUUUCGCGUUUUGAAGUUUACCAGACACUCCAGCCGGUUAAGAAGUUUGUUAUUUGCAAUAAGACGAUCUGCUUCCGAACUUGGUUUUAUCGUAUUUAGUUUCUCUCUCGGAGUGGUAUUGUUCUCGAGUGUGCUUUACUAUGCUGAACAAACAAGCGAACCGAACAGUACAAAUCCGUUUGAUAGCAUUCCAGCUUCCAUGUGGUACUCGGUGGUCACCAUGACAACAACAGGGUAUGGAGACCUUGUUCCGCACACAGUUAUUGGAAAACUUGUGGGCAGUGUAGGCUGUAUUGUCGGUGUGUUAAUGAUAGCUUUACCUGUCCCCAUUAUUCAGAAAAAGGCAAAUCUACAGCUCGGACUUCUUGAUGAGGUUGACGAGGCUAUGGAAGCAGAACUCUGACAACCAAUUAGAGAUCACCUGAUAUUGACGUGUCAUAUGCGUGGUAAAUCAUUGAGAGGUUCUUGUAGUGCACGUGAUGUCUUUGCUUCGAGUUCAGAGAAAAUGUUUGUGAUCGUCACCGCGGCCGAUAUUAAAGAACAGUAACUGAAGCAAAAAUAAUUUUUCGCGUAGCUGGUAGAAGAUUGGGCGUCACGUCACCGAUCUUUUUUCUUGAAUGGAAACUAAAUUAUAUGGCGCGAGAAGAGUAAAAUUCAAUCAGGCUUCUUUAAGAACCGUCGUGUAAUUUCUGACAACUUAUCGGUGUGAUAUGAUGAUAACAACUUUUAAAAGAUGGAGCGGUUUUUAAUUGAGCCAAUCACAAAAAACACAGGUAAUCCAAUGACCCAAAUAAAAACUCGAAGUAAUUACAUGUAGCCCACGCGAAGCGCAAUGAAACAUGUGCGAACGAGUCACGUUUGAUUUUGGUCUUACUUCUGAUUGGAUAAAAGAGUGACAUGAUAUUUUUAAGCUAAUUGUGUAGGAAAGUAGUGCAAAACCAAUCUCGACUCUCAAAUGAAACCUCUCUAACAAGUAAGUAAGUAUUUACACUCUUGGCUUGUUUCAGUUUUGGGCCGCCAUUUUGAAAGUAUACCUGUGCGUCUUUCUGUAGUGGGCCAUCACGGGACCAACUUCAGUAAACAUUCUAGUGCCUCCAUAAAUAACAACGAACUCAAAAAUGCUGUAAAAUCCAGCAGACCAGUUAAGUGAAUGCAAGAGAAGAUUAAGGUGCCUAGCUUGAUCUUCUCUUGGUAAAUGACAAUAUAUGUAGAGGAUGAAAAUUUUGUGCGAGCACAUCCGUGUUCACUUGUAAUGAACUCCUAAGGAUAAGAGCAUCAAAUGUUGCUUGAUUAGUUUCAUUAGACAUGUUGUCUAAAUAAAUUACUUUUUAAACAAAGUCUUUUAAGUGCUUCUCGUGUUGAUGUUAACUACAAAAAAAGAUAUGUUUCAUUGUUCUUUGGAGGACAUUCCACAAACUUCCUAAAGUAAAGAGGGUCGUUACCUUCAGAAUUAGCAGCCUUUGGGGCUCGUUACUUUCAGGGGUCGUUACUUUCGACGUAUCAUUACUUUCGGGGAACAAAAAACGUUAUAUAUAGUUGGCAGGACUGAGCCCUUUUUCAGAAAUAAAAGAUGAUAUUCUUUAAGAAAUUCUAAAUACGCUACUUUCGGAGAGCUCGCUACUUUCGAAGUUUUGGAAGUUUACGUUAUUCGGGGAGUUCGAUUAUAAAUGUUGGAUUAAACGAAUACUUCAUUAACGUUUAGGCGUAUUAAUGGCUCCAAAACCAUUUUUCCCAGUACAUCUCACUGCUAGAACAUUGAAGUAGUUUUAAGAACAACAAUUUUAUUUCUCAUUAUUUCAAUGAUUCGAAAUCGUCAACGUCUUGGAAGAUACAAGCGUUCAGUCAUAUUUGCUUCAUUAGUUCACUGGAUUGGUUACAUUUCAGGACGCUUUGCUUGAAAUUCACUAAAAGUUGCAUAUAAACUAAAUUUAGGUCAAUAAAAGAAAACUAUCUUCAGGCUGCGAAUUCCAGUCUGAGAGCUCCUUCGGUCGAAGACAACUUGAUAAGAACUCUUUACCAGGCCUCCUCAUUCACGCCUGCUACUACUGAAGUGCAGCUCAACCGGUAUAAUGGUCCCGGUUGCUUGCCAACAAACGCUGCCAUGGCAAUAUAGAAACCUCCCUGCUGUUGGUAGCGCGUAACUUCACUAAUCAAAAAUAAAAUAUUUAAACUGAUUAUUUCUGGGCAGGCAUAAAUCUAUCAUUCUGUUUCAUAUUGAUCAUAUUAAAGUAAAAACGAGAAGAUCAAAGUUGUUCUCUGCUCUUGAGGAACUCAGAACAUUUGUGGAACAGCCACGAUCACUGAAAAACGAGAGAAAGCCAUUAGCAAGGACUCCAGGUUGGCAAGAGUUGUGUUCUUGGGCAAGACACUUUACUCUCACAGUGCCUCUCU